GGCAAGCCCUAUGUCUUCGACCGCGUGUUCCCCCCCAACACCACGCAGGAGCAGGUGUACCACGCGUGCGCCAUGCAGAUCGUCAAGGUGACCAAGACCAACCUGUCGGUGCACGAGGACAAGAACCGCGUGCCCUACGUCAAGGGCUGCACCGAGCGCUUCGUGUCCAGCCCCGAGGAGAUCCUGGACGUCAUCGACGAGGGCAAGUCCAACCGGCACGUGGCUGUCACCAGUGAGCACCGCAAGAUGACGCGGAUCCUGCAGGACUCGCUGGGCGGCAACUGCCGCACCACCAUGUUCAUCUGCUGCUCGCCCUCCAGCUACAACGACGCCGAGACCAAGUCCACCCUCAUGUUCGGGCAGCGGGCCAAGACCAUCAAGAACACGGCGUCCGUGAACCUGGAGCUGACGGCCGAGCAGUGGAAGAAGAAGUACGAGAAGGAGAAGGAGAAGAACAAGGCGCUCAAGGAGACCAUCGCCAAGCUGGAGGCCGAGCUGAGCCGCUGGCGGAGCGGGGAGGACGUGCCGGAGACGGAGCAGCUGAGCGGGGCGGAGGCGGAGGCGGAGGCCGAGGCGGAGGCCGAGGCGGAGGCCGGCUCGGGCUCGGCGCCGGCGCCCGCGGGCCAGACGCCCCUCAACGACAACAGCUCCUCCAUCGUCAUCCACAUCUCGGACGAGGAGCGCCGCAAGUACGAGGAGGAGAUCCGCAAGCUCUACAAGCAGCUCGAUGACAAGGACGACGAGAUCAACCAGCAGAGCCAGAUCAUGGAGAAGCUCAAGCAGCAGAUGCUGGAGCAGGAGGAGCUGGCGGCGCUGCGAGCCGAGCACGGCGCGGCGCGCGCCGAGGUGGCCGAGGUGCUGGCCGCGCUCGAGGAGCUGGCGCGCAGCUACGACCGCAAGGCGCAGGAGGCCGAGGACAGCGGGCGCCACAACCGCCGCCUGGCCGACGAGCUGGCGCGCACCGAGGCCACGACGCUGUCGCUGGAGACGGAGCUGCAGCGCGUGCGGGACGUGAGCGGGCAGCAGCGCAAGCGCGCCGCCGAGGUGCUCAACGGCCUCAUGAAGGACCUCAGCGAGUUCAGCGUCAUCGUGGGCAACGGCGAGAUCAAGCUGCCGGUGGAGGUGAGCGGCGCCAUCGAGGAGGAGUUCACCGUGGCCCGGCUCUACAUCAGCAAGAUCAAGUCGGAGGUGAAGUCGGUGGUGAAGCGGUGCCGGCAGCUGGAGAACCUGCAGGUCGAGUGCCACCGCAAGAUGGAGGUGACGGGCCGCGAGCUCUCGUCCUGCCAGCUCCUCAUCUCCCAGCACGAGGCCAAGAUCCGCUCGCUCACCGAGUACAUGCAGAACGUGGAGCUCAAGAAGCGGCACCUGGAGGAGUCCUACGACGCGCUGAGCGAGGAGCUGGCCCGGCUGCAGGCGCAGGAGACGGCUCACGGGGUGGCCAGGAAGGAGCGGGAGCAGGACGAGCCCCAGGAGAGCGAUGCCGGGAAGGCGCUGGAGCUGCAGCUGGAGAGCCACCGCGAGGCCCAGCACAAGCAGCUCGCCCGGCUCCGCGACGAGAUCAACGAGAAGCAGAAAACCAUCGACGAGCUGCACAUGAAGUUUGUGAUGUCCAUGACACCCAUCACGCCCAUGGUGUCCAUGAUGUCCAUGACACCCAUGGCGUCCAUGAUGUCCAUGACACCCAUGAUGCCCAUGACACCCAUGGUGCCCAUGAUGCCCAUGACAUCCAUGACGCCCAUGGUGUCCAUGAUGUCCAUGACACCCAUGGUGUCCAUGAUGCCCAUGACAUCCAUGACGCCCAUGGUGUCCAUGAUGUCCAUGACACCCAUGGUGUCCAUGAUGUACAUGACACCCAUGACAUCCAUGAUGUCCAUGACACCGAUGAUGCCCAUGAUUGUCCAUGAUGUCCAUGACACCCAUGGUGUCCAUGACACCCAAGAUAUCCAUGAUGCCCACGACGUCCAUGAUGUCCAUGAUGCCCAUGAUGCCCAUGGUGUCCAUGAUGCCCAUGACACCCAUGAUGCCCAUGACACCCAUGGCAUGAUGCCCACGUUGACCCUAGUGCCUGUGUGGUCCCUGGUGCCCGUGAUGGUGCCCAUGACGGUGCCUCUGGUUCGUGACAAUGCAGAUCUGCGCUGCGAGCUUCCGAAGCUGGAGAAACGGCUUCGGGCUACGGCUGCGCGAGUGCAGGCCCUGGAGGGCGCCCUGAGGGAGGCCAAGGAGGGCGCGCUCAAGGACAAGCGCCGCUACCAGCAGGAGGUCGACCGCAUCAAGGAGGCCGUGCGCGCCAAGGGCGCCAAGCGCGCCCACAGCGCACACAUCGCCAAACCCGUGCGGCCCGGCCAGGCGCCCGCCACGUCGCCCACGGGUGCCCGCGGCCCCGACGGCCUCAGCUUCAGCAACAGCCUCUUCCAGGGC